AGCGACCCUUGUGUUUGUUUAACGGGCGGGAGGGAAAGCCACCGGUCGGUUCCCAGCAGUAUGUCGAGGUUAGGGAGGGGGGCGCGCGCGGAUUCCCUGGCGGGGUUCCGACCAAAGAGUAAAGAGGAGGAAGAGGUCCCGGCCGGCCUGCUGAAGGCCGCACGGAAGAGCGGACAGCUCAACCUGUCCGGCCGCGCGCUCACGAAAGUCCCGCAGAGCGUGUACCGGGUCAACGAAGAAGCUCCGCAGAAUGUUUCGUUUGGAGCUUCAGAUCGUUGGUGGGAGCAGACGGAGCUCACCAAGCUGCUGCUCUCCUCCAAUCAGAUCACUGAGAUAUCGGAGGAGAUCAAACUGCUGCCUGCACUCGUCACGCUGGAUCUCCAUGACAACCAGCUGAGCACUUUACACAGCGCCGUCGGAGAGCUGCAGGAGCUGCAGACACUGCGACUCAGUCACAAUCAGCUGUCGUCACUGCCAGUGGAGGUGUGUACGCUAAAGAACCUGCGGAGUGUCACGCUGCAGCAGAACCUGCUGGAGAACCUUCCAGCAGAACUAGGACAGCUGGAGAACCUGACAGAGCUGGAUGUGUCCAACAAUCGGCUGACAGACCUGCCCCAAAGCCUCGGCCGCCUGAGCGCCCUGCAGAAGAUCAGCCUGUCUCACAAUAAGCUCAGCUGUCUGCCCGACUGCCUGUCACAGCUCACAAACGUGAAGUUGCUGGACUGCAGCAACAACCAGCUGAGCGACGUUCCUGCCAGCCUGGCUCACAUGCUUUUUUUGGAGCAGCUUUAUCUCAGACACAACCGGCUGCAGCGGCUCCCCCAGCUGCACGCACCUGCCCUGAAGGAGCUCUACGUGGGAAACAACCAGGUGGGGGUCCUGGAGGCGGAGCAGCUGGAAUGCCUGAAAGCCAUCUCAGUUCUGGAGCUUCGAGACAAUAAGAUCAAGGCGGUUCCUGAGCAGAUGUCUCUGCUGCACACGCUGACCCGCCUGGACCUGACCAACAACGACAUCAGCAGUCUUCCAGCCUCCCUCAGCCUGCUGCCCAACCUGAAAGUGCUGCUGGUGGAGGGAAACCCUCUGCGGGGGAUCAGGAGAGACCUUCUGACUAAAGGAACCAAUGAGCUCCUGAAGUACCUGAGAGGAAGAGUGAAAGAAGAACCUGAAAGCUCAGACGACCCCCCCACAGCCAUGACAUUCCCCUCCCAGAGCAAAAUCAACGUGCACAGCAUCAAAACCCUUGGAGUGUUGGACUACAGUGACAUGCAGGCAGACUCCAUCCCAGAUGAGCUGUUCCUCGCUGCAGAAGGUCAGAACGUGGUCACUGCCAACUUCAGCAAGAACAAGCUGACCUCCAUUCCUUCCAGGCUGCUGCAACUGCGCUCCUCCCUGACUGAGCUGAACCUUGGCUUCAACCGUCUGGACCACUUCAGUGUUGAGGUGUGCGGGCUGCUGCAGCUGACGCACCUGGACCUCAGGAACAACCAGCUGAAGGAUUUACCACCGGACAUGGCGAACCUGACCAAGCUACGCUGCAUCAUCCUCAGCUCCAACAGGUUCAAGUCCUUCCCAGAGGUGCUCUACCAGUUGUCUUCCAUGGAGACGGUACUGAUAGCUAACAACCAGGUGAGCGGCGUAGAUCCUGCCCGACUCGCCACACUGGAGCACCUGUCGACUUUGGAUCUGUCAAACAAUGACCUGCUGAGCAUUCCUCCAGAACUAGGCCUGUGCACCAGCCUCAGGAGUCUCAGUCUACAGGGAAACCCUUUCCGGACACCCCGAGCUGCCAUCAUCGUCAAAGGAACCGAUGCGGUUCUGGAAUACCUGCGCAGCCGCAUACCUGCCUGACCUGUGUUCUCACCUCUUCUCCACGUGGGUGUCUGCUGAUGUUCAAACAAUUAAUUUCCACACGAACGACAAGUGUUUAUUUCACAGAAGAGAAUGCAAGGUUGGUUUACCCACGAUAACCUGCAGGAGGCAGUGCUAAAAAAAAUGCACAUGUGGGCGCUCAGCAUCUGUGCUGCAAAAGAUUACAUUUUUAUGCAGAAACAUCAAGCACUUGGAUUAAGAUACAGAGGAGUUCACUGGAACGUUCUUAAGGGUUCUAGAUCCACAAACGGGAACCUGCAGAUUCCAGACAGAGAUCUAAUAGGUUUUCUGCCUUUGAGCUACUCUGGACUCUAACGUGAACAUGUGACGGAGAACUUGUGAUGUGAUGGGGGAGGGGUGAUUUGAGUAAAUGUACCCAGCGUUCCCUGCAUGCACACGGACAUGAACAUGUGAUAUACAUUUAUACGAACAGACACUGAAUAGAGAAUAAAAUGUCAAAACAAC